AUGCCUCUCAUUACGAGCAACAGUCGCCUCUCAGUCCCUAUCUGGGAUCAGUUCGAUGGCAGUUCAUCAGAGUCGGAGAUUAUUGACCCAAUGGACUAUCCAGCCGUUAACUUCCCUGGAUAUUCCGAGAAGCCAUUGAAUGAACAGCUUGAGCCGAUUGCAGUGGUUGGCAUGGGAUGCCGUCUACCUGGUGACAUUAGCUCUCCUUCUCAGUUCUGGGAUUUGAUGAUCAACAAAAGAACCGGCCAAACUCCCAAAAUGCCUGCCUCUCGGUUCAAUAUAGACGCUCAUUUUCACGAGAAUAAUGAGCGCCCGGGAAGCUUUAACGUUCUAGGCGGCUAUUUCCUGAAUAGCAGUCUCCAGGAAAUUGAUCCAGUUCUCUUUGGUAUCUCACCAAUCGAAGCUAUGUGGAUGGACCCCCAGCAACGAAAGCUCUUGGAAGUCGUAUAUGAAACUUUUGAAUCUGGGGGUGUGACUAUGGACACAAUCCGAGGUUCAAGGACUGCUGUCUUUAUCGGUAGCUUCACUAGCGAUUACCAACAGAUGUCCUUCAAAGAGCCAGAUUUCCGACACUCUUAUGCUGCGACCGGUGUAGAUCCGGGACUUAUCAGCAACCGCAUUAGCCACGUGUUUGAUCUCAAUGGUCCAUCAAUCGUAGUGAAUACUGCCUGUUCUAGUUCGGUUUACGCAAUGCAUAAUGCCUGCAAUGCAUUGCGUAACAACGAAGCUGAGGCAGCUAUUGUCGGUGGUGUCAACCUUGUCCUGACUGUGGAUCAACACAUGAACACAGCCAAACUUGGUGUUCUUUCUCCAACAUCAACAUGCCAUACAUUCGAUGAAACGGCAGACGGAUAUGGUCGGGCUGACGGUGUUGGGGCUAUUUAUCUAAAGCGUCUCAGCGAUGCAGUUCGGGAUGGAGAUCCAAUUCGAGGUGUUCUUCGUUCAAGUGCCGUCAAUUCAAAUGGAAAGGUACCAGGUGUUGGAAUUACGCAUCCCAACCUAGCAGGCCAGGAGGCUGUUAUUCGUGCGGCAUACAGCCGGGGAGGAAAUCUGGAUCCCAAGCUAACAGCAUAUUUUGAGUGCCAUGGAACAGGUACUCCAAUCGGUGAUCCUCUCGAGGUUCAUGCAGUAGCAAAUGCAAUGAAUGCAGACCGGUCCAUAGACGAGCCUCCGCUGGCCAUUGGCGCUGUCAAAACAAACAUUGGCCAUUCCGAAGCUGCAUCUGGUUUGUCGGCUGUGAUUAAAGCCAUUUUGGCUGUUGAAAAGGGAAUCAUCCCUCCAACGCGAGGAGUUGUAAACAAGAACCCCAAGAUUGACUGGAAGAACUGGAAAGUCGAUGUAGUUAGAGAGCCUACUCCGUUUCCAGCCCACCUCCCAGUUCGGCGCGUUAGUGUCAACUCGUUUGGAUAUGGUGGUACGAAUGGCCAUGUCAUUGUGGAAUCAGCAAAUUCUUUUUUGCCUCGCGGCGCAACUCAUGUGAGCGGCUCAAGCAUCGUGAAACCACCACGCGGUGCAUUCAAUCGAAACCGAUAUUUCCUCCUCCCUUUCUCAGCUCACGAUAGACCAACACUCGAUGCCAAUAUCAAAGCAUUUAGCGAUGUCACUUCACAGUACAAUCUUUUAGACUUGUCUUACACACUAUCUAACCGCCGAUCGCGCCUUGCUAGUCGUGGAUAUGUUGUUGCUAGCUACGCCACCCUUGAUUCGGAGCUAGCAAAUGCAGCCAAGAAUUUUUCAUUUGCUGAGAAGAAGAAGACACCGACUCUAGGCUUCGUUUUUACUGGACAAGGUGCCCAGUGGGCUCGUAUGGGCAGUGAACUCAUGUCAUAUUACCCCAGCUUUCUACGCUCUAUGCGCAUGCUCGACAGGGCUCUGGAAGACUUACCAGAUGGUCCUGAAUGGACGCUGGAGGACACACUUUUGCAAGACGCUAGCAGCUCUCGGAUCAAUGAAGCAGAAUUUUCGCAGCCUCUUUGCACUGCAAUUCAAGUUUCUCUCGUCCAGUUGCUUUCACUUUGGGGAAUUAAACCCCUUGUCACUGUUGGCCACUCUUCCGGUGAAAUCGCGGCAGCAUACGCCGCAGGGAUGAUUUCGGCAAGCGAAGCCAUUAUCGCAGCUUACUAUCGUGGCAAGGUGGUUCGUGAUGUCAAUACUGACGGUGCCAUGUUGGCUGUCGGUCUUGGAGCGAAGGACGUCUCUCCAUACAUUUCGGACCUCAGAGAGCGCGUGGUAAUCGCCUGUCACAACUCACCCUUGAGUGUGACACUCAGUGGCGAUUCUCCAGCCUUAGAACUCGUGAAAACACGACUUGAUGCUGAAAGCAUUUUUUCUCGUAUUGUCAAGACAGGCGGCAAAGCAUAUCAUUCUCACCACAUGGAGACUGUCGCAGCUGUUUACGAAGGAUUGCUACGUAAUGGACGUCGUUAUGCCGCUUUGGAUGAGCCGAUUCAGACCUCUGCUAAGAUGGUCUCCUCCGUCACCAACAGAAUGAUUUCUUCCAAUACGGUUAUCGAUGAGACGUAUUGGAGCGCCAACCUACGUAGCCCGGUAUUAUUCAACCAGGCGGUACAAACAAUUGCGAACAGCCCCGAGUUUGAUAAGGUUGAUAUGCUAGUAGAAAUUGGCCCUCAUUCUGCACUUUCGGGUCCAAUCAAGCAGAUCAAAGCUGAAUGCAAGUUAGAAAGGCUGAACUACUUACCUACCUUGCUCCGAGGCGAGGACUGCGCUUCUCAGCUCUUAAAGCUCGCUGGCGAACUGUUUCUCAGAGACUAUCCCUUUGAUAUCAGCCGGGCCACUUCAAUUGAGGAGUCUCUUCCCAGCGGUAAGAUCCAGAUCACCAAAGGAUCGCUAAUUGUCGACCUUCCAACCUACCAGUGGCAGUACAACAAGGAGCUCUGGGCGGAACCUCGUCAUAGCAAGGAACAUCGUAAUCCAACACACAUGCGGCAUGAUAUUCUUGGUGCGCGCCUUCCUGGAGUGGGUGAAAUGAUCUGGCGGAAUGUCCUCCGCAUGAAAGACGUCCCCUGGUUGAGGAGCCACUCUCUUGGAGGUGAGGCUGUUUUUCCAGCGGCAGGAUACUUUUCCAUGGCCAUGGAAGCCAUCACACAAAUAAAUGAAAUUAGCAGCUCCCCGGUACCCAUCACAAGUUACGUAUUGCGCGAUGUAUCAAUCAAGGCUGCGCUAGUGACCCCAGAUGAUGACGACGGAAUCGAAGUUAUCUUCACUAUGUGCCCAGCUAUUCACUCCGAAAAAGACAAUAGAACUGGCUGGUGGUCUUUUAGUGCAUCGUCUUUCCCCUUGGAAGGACAGCGUAAAGAUCAUAUUACAGGCCUCAUCGGUAUCAAUGUCCGUGAUCGCAGCCAGAAACCACGCCAAGCUCCACACCUCCCUCAUCGUGCGAGUGGUAAGUCAUGGAACCACGCUCUACGCAAAGUUGGCUUUGACUACGGCCCGACAUUCCAAGACAUGGAGAAUAUUAGGACCGAUGGCACCACCUACAUUGCUGCAUGCGACACUGAGGUUCGACAAAAGUGUGGCAUUAUGCCCGGCGAAUCCCGACACAUCAUCCACCCAGGUAUUGUUGAUUCCUGCUUACAACUGAUCAUUGUUUCCAUCUUUGCUGGACGUGUCGCGGAUAUGAAAUGCGGUGCUAUCCCCAUCGGGGUUGAUGAAGUUGCCAUCUUCCCACCAACGGAAAUGCAAGUACAGGACAGAUCCGCCAAAGCGUUAUCUUGGACCGACCAACGGGGUCUACGAUCACUAGUUAGUAGCUCUCAGUUGGCAGCCAGUGACGGAGAAUUGUUGAUGGAAAUUACCAACAUGCGAACAACCUACUAUGAAGCGGCAGUUCCACAAGGCGCCGAGCUGGCAAUUGACUCACAACCCUACCAAAAAGUGGAAUGGAAGCUCGAUAUCGAUACCAUCAAGAAUACCUCUAGUACGACGUCCAUUGACAUCUUUUCUGCAAUUGAUUUAGCAUUUCACAAGAACCCCGCCCUCAAAAUGAUCGAUAUCGGUGCUACUCAAAUGGCGGAAGUUCUCUCCAAGUGUGGUGGCAUCAACUAUACAGGCACUGGAGUCAGUCACGAAGAGAUUUCUGAAAUAUCUAAAAUUUCUGAGACCUACAAGCAUGCACAGGCACUUGUUCUAGAUAUUAGCGAGCCAUUGGAUGACCAGGGUAUCACGAUAGAGUCAUACGACUUAGUAAUAGCCCCAAGGAGGCUGAUGGAGUCCUCUGUUACCACACAGGCAGUUCGCAAGCUUCUUGCACCACAUGGCCGUGUCUUCUGGAAUCUUGAGGGCAGGCUACCUCUAGCCAAUAUCCAUGGAGCACAGUUGACGGCCUUUGAUGUUGUCCUUGGACCGAAUGCCCAACCAUCGGUUGCAAUAUCCACGGCACUAAAAGAGACCACAAAUGGUUAUCACGCGAAUGGGACUACGAGGCUCGUACACCUUGUCUACCGUAAAAUACAGGGUGAGUUAUUUGCCAAAGUGAAAAGUGCUUUGGAGACAAACGGAUGGAGUGCUGUGGCGUCCCCAGUGGAAAAGGUCGUCAAUAUGAAAGGGGCUAAUGUCGUGCUCCUUGUCGACCUGGAAGGUCCUUUUGUGGACACCAUGACCCAAAACGAGUUUAGUUCUCUUCAGAACAUUACCAACAAUGCUUCUACCCUUUUAUGGGUUACUCCCGGUGGGCUACUCAAGGGACUCCAUCCCGAAUACGCAAUGACCGCUGGAUUGGUCCGGUCAAUUAGCUCGGAACAGGCGUCUAUUAGAAUUACUACCCUAGAUUUUGACAUUACUACUACUCCUCUUUCAGCCAUUGGGGAAUUAGUCGCCCAAGUGGCCGAGAUUCAACACGGAAACAAGGCAACAACCAGGGAGUCCGAGUAUUGUGUGUCUAAUGGUCUCCUUUACAUUAGUCGCAUGGUUUCCAACGAGGAAUUAAAUUUCCUGUACGCUUCAAAUGCGAAAGAGGCUGAGCCAACUCAUUAUGACCCCACAGCACAUUUGGUUGGCAAGGUCGAUUCAGGAAAGAUCAUAUUUGAAGCUGAUGAACGGGAGGGGCAGGCUCUAGCCGAUGAUGAUGUUGAAAUCCAAGUCCUAGCCACAGGAAUUACCAAGGAGGGUACGCUAGUCAUCGGUGGUACAGACUACCCGACGACGUUCAGUCAUGAGAUUGGCGGCGUGGUCACCAAGCUUGGCUCUAAGGUCAAAGGGUUGUCUCUAGGCAAUCGUGUGGUUGGGUUUAGCUUUGACAAGUUUGCUACUUUCCAGCGCGUCUCAUCCAGCCUCGUGCAGAAGCUAGAUUCGAGUGAUAAUAUGAACGACGCUGUCAGUCUACUAAUGAGCCAUGGUUCCGCGCUGUACGGUCUCAAAGCUCUUGGUAACCUCCUGGCUAAUGAGACGGUUCUUAUUCUUGAUGGGACUAGUCUUGCCGGGGCUGCUGCUAUCCAAAUAGCACAAAUUAUGCAAGGUGUACCAUUUGUUGCUGUUCAGAAUGAAAAGGAAAUCGACACGAUCAAGUCUGUCUUUGGCCUUUCUGACAAGAACAUAAUUAAGCCCUGGAUUGCACCCGUAACUGUACAAAUGAAACAUGCGACCGGCAAAGCAGGGGCAGAUAUUGUUUUUAGCUCUGGGUUUUCCAACCAAGACGUGGCCCAUGAGGCCUGGAGGUUCAUUUCGCCGUUUGGUCGGUUUAUUGACUCUGGCCGCAAGAGCUUUGUUAAACGCACCACUAUGGACACUGCCCCUCUACAUCGAGGUGCCAGCUAUCUUUCGUUUGAUAUGUUAGAUCUUUACCGCUACAAGCCUGCCAUCCUGUCCGAGGUUUCUGGUCAGGUUCUUUCGCUUUUCCAUCAAGGAGCCAUCUAUCCACCUCAGUCGGUAGUAGUCAAGCAUAUUACUGAGUUAGAUGAUGCUAUAUCCUCCUUUUCCGACACCCUUUCUUCUCGAAAGACCAUUGUAGUCUAUAAACCAUGCGACAAUACUUUGAAUAUCAUCGCUCCCCGUCCAAAAUUGAAAUUCAACGAGAAUGCCACCUAUCUCCUCGUUGGUUGUCUCGGUGGCCUUGGCCGCAGUCUAACGAGCUGGAUGAUGAAACACGGCGCUCGCCGCUUCACUUUCCUGUCACGUUCUGGCGCAGAUGCUCCACAAGCAGCUCACCUAGUCAAGGACAUCAAAGCCGCCGGCGCCAUUGUCCAGGUUGUUCGUGGUGAUGCAACUAUUCGGAAAGACGUGGAUCGCGCUAUUGUCGGCGUUCCUGCCAGUAACCCUAUUCGAGGUGUUUUCCAAGCUGCCAUGGUUCUUCGAGAUGGUAUUUUCUCCAACAUGUCGUACAACGACUGGAAAACAUGCACGAAUCCCAAAGUGAACGGGGCGAGAAACCUUCAUGAAGCCCUAGCUGGUAAAGAACUGGACUUCUUUGUUAUGACCAGCUCUGUGUCAGGCACUCUUGGAACACCUGGGCAAGCCAAUUAUGCUGCAGCAAAUGCCUAUCUUGACGCCUUAGCUCACCAUCGCAGAAGCCUAGGCAUCGCUGCAACCUCCGCCAUCCUUCCGAUGGUUCUCGGUGUUGGUGUUGUUGCAGAAAACUUCCAGAUUGAAGAGUCGCUCAAGAGCAAAGGUAUGUACGGUAUUGAGGAAGAGGCCCUGCUUGAAACCUUUGAAGCUGCGGUUGGUCCGGUGUCCUCCUUGCAAGAACAAAAUAAUAGAGCGGACCAUGUUAUUGCAGGACUAGAUCCGCUAGAACUACACAAGGCAGGAACAGAAAGCGGUGCUACGGAUAUCUUUUGGAAGGACGACGUCCGGUUUUCGCAUCUUAUUAGUACUAUAAGCUCGGUUGGAGCAGGGAAUACUUCAAGUUCUGCAGAGAGCAUUGUCAAUGCCAUCAAGGCCUUGUCUAGUCCGACUGAAGCUGUGGCGGCGAUUGGGGCUCACUUUACUGAUAAGUUGUCUCGCAUGUUGCUCGUCGAUCUCGAUGAUUUUGAGCCGGACACAAAGGCAAUUGGUGAUUACGGACUGGAUAGUAUGAUUGGCUCCACUUUGAGAAAUUGGAUAUUUAAGGAAUACGAAUUGGAUAUCCCCUUCCAGCAACUUGUUGCACCAAGCCUUACUAUUACCAAGUUUGCUAAACAAGUUUGUGCAAAGCACGGUAUUGUGGCUAAUUGA